UAGGCAUUCCAAAAGUCUGGUACGAAAAAAAAAUAAAAAUCCUACUAAACAUGGCUGAGAUAUUCGAUACAAAUCGUAAUAACAGAACAAACGGUGGUGGAUUUAGGGUGUCAAUAUGUGGUGGUGCCGCUGUUCAAGAACUUGAACAAAUGUCUAGAGAUGGUAGUCAGUACAGUCUCACCACCGCUAUCUUGCCUUCUCUUGGUGCUCGCAGUAAUCGUCGUGUUAAACUUCGUGAUUUCAUUAUCUCUCCUUAUGAUCGACGUUACAGGGCAUGGGAGACAUUUCUUGUAGCUUUGGUCCUCUAUACCGCGUGGGUGUCCCCAUUUGAAUUCGGAUUUCUUAGAAAGCCACGACAACCACUCUCAGUCAUUGAUAAUAUUGUCAAUGGGUUCUUUGCUAUUGAUAUUGUUCUUACCUUCUUCUUAGCAUACCUUGAUAUGAAUACCUAUCUUCUUGUGGAUGACCGGAAGAAGAUUGCUUGGAGGUAUACAAGCACAUGGUUGGCUUUUGAUGUCAUUUCCACGAUUCCUUCUGAAUUAGUCCGUAAGAUCUUCAGUGGUACUUUUCAAUCCUAUGGCUUAUUCAACAUGUUAAGACUCUGGCGGCUGCGCAGAGUUAGUUCCUUGUUUGCCAGAUUGGAGAAAGAUAGGAACUUCAACUACUUUUGGGUCCGAUGUGCCAAGCUUAUUGCUGUCACUCUUUUUGCCGUACAUUGUGCUGGGUGCUUCUACUUUUACCUUGCUGCACAUUACCCUAAUCCGGGGAAGACAUGGAUUGGGUUCGAUAACGAGGACUUUGAGAAGCAGAGUCAUUGGAUCAAUUAUGUAACCUCCAUGUAUUGGUCAAUUACAACUCUCACUACUGUGGGAUAUGGAGAUUUGCAUGCCCAAAACAGAAGGGAGAUGAUAUUCGUCAUAUGCUACAUGCUUUUCAAUCUCGGUUUGACUUCAUAUUUGAUAGGAAAUAUGACCAACUUGGUAGUGCAUGGAACCAGUAAAACUAGGCAAUUUAGGGAUACCAUUCAAGCUGCCUCAAGUUUUGCACAGAGAAAUCGGUUACCACUUCGUUUGCAAGAUCAGAUGCUUGCACAUUUGUGCUUGAAGUUCAGAACUGAUUCAGAGGGGCUCCAGCAACAAGAAAGUCUUGAUUGCCUUCCAAAAGCCAUUCGUUCAAGCAUUUCUCAUUUUCUUUUCUACUCUCUUUUAGAUAAGGCCUACUUGUUUAAUGGCGUGUCCAAUGACUUGCUUUUUCAGCUGGUCUCGGAAAUGAAAGCAGAAUAUUUUCCACCGAAGGAAGAUGUCAUUUUGCAGAAUGAGGCGCCAACAGAUUUCUAUAUUCUUGUUACAGGAGCAGUGGAACUGCUGGUUAUAAAAAAUGGAACUGAACAGGUUGUUGGAGAAGCUAAAACUGGUGAGCUUUGUGGUGAAAUUGGGGUUCUUUGCUACAGACCGCAGCUCUUUACAGUCCGCACCAAGCGGUUGAGCCAGUUACUUCGGUUGAACCGCACCACAUUUUUGAACAUCAUUCAGGCAAAUGUUGGUGAUGGGACCAUUAUCAUGAACAACCUUCUUAAGCACUUGAAGGACAUGAAUGAUCCAGUUAUGGAGGGAGUUCUGAUGGACAUAGAAAACAUGUUAGCUCACGGUAGGAUGGACUUGCCCGUGAGUUUAUGUUUUGCCACACUUAGGGGAGACGAUCUUUUACUAAAGAAAUUGUUAAAACGAGGUCUUGAUCCAAAUGAAUCUGACAACAAUGGAAGAACGGCUCUGCACAUAGCGGCAUCACAAGGAAACGUAAACUGUGUACUCCUGCUACUUGAUCAUGGAGCCGAUCCCAAUUGUAGAGAUUCAGAAGGUAAUGUUCCGAUAUGGGAAGCCAUACGGGGAAACCACGUCCAAGUCGUUGAAAUCUUGAAAGAUAACAAUGCUACUAUAUCGUCUGGCGAUGUUGGAGAGUUUUCUUGCAUUGCCGCCGAGGAAAAUAAGUUGGACAUACUAAAACAAAUUGUGAGCCUUGGAGGUGACGUGACGCUUCCUAAAAACAAUGGCUCAACUGCUCUUCAUGUGGCUGUUUGUGAAGGAAACAUUGAGAUGGUGAAAUUCCUAUUAGCCCAAGGAGCUGAUAUUGACAAACCAGAUGGCCACGGUUGGACCUCUAGAGAUUUGGCAGACCAACAAGGUCACGAUGACAUAAGAAACCUUUUCCUUUCGGUUAAAUCAACUGAUGACUAUUCUCAACUGACCAAAACAUCAUCACUCAUGCCAUUUCAACGAGCCGAAUCUAGACAUGUUCGUUUUAUAUCGAGGUUCAGAAGCGAUCCCUCAAUGAUUAGACCCAUUACUAUCCAAAAUGCAGACGAUGGUUCUUUUACUCAACCACGUCAGCAGAGGAGGAGGGUUAAUAACUUCCAUAAUUCCCUUUUCGGGAUUAUGUCAAAUAACCGUGAUGGUGAGAAAGAUAAUGACUUAGUUUCACCUAGGCCUCAAACAGGGAAUGAGAACCCGAGGCGGGUAAUAAUUAGUUGUCCCCGGAAAGGAGAUAUAAAAGGAAAGCUUGUACUUCUACCACAAAGCUUCCAAGAAUUGUUGGAUAUCGGUGUUAAAAAGUUCGGUUUCACGCCCUCUAGAGUUUUGAUCAAGGAAGGAGCGGAAAUAGACGAUGUAGAUGUAAUUCGAGAUGGUGAUCACUUGGUUUUUGAGAGUGAUAAUGAUCUGAAUGUUAAAGACACCUUUAGUGACUGGCCAUGAACAUUAAUUUUUUUCCUUUUUUUUUCCCUCCAAAUGGGACUGAUUUUUAGGGACUUUGAGUCAUUGUUAAUGAUCACAUAUGCAAAAAGCAUAACAAGCAAUGCAAAUCUUUAGUGAUAUAUAUCCUUAUACAACGAAGUUUAUAUUUAUGUAUCUAAUUGUCAUCUAAUUACUGGUUCAUUCAUACCUUA